GGCGAGGAAACUAUUAAGACGGCGAUUGAGCUCCAGCGAAUGACGCAUGGUGGUGGAGGGUGGCGGACGAUGGGACUAAGACAUAGUAGCAUUAUUAGAUUAUUAUAUUAAAAAUCUUUGAAGAAGAGAAGAAUUUGUUUGAUUCGCAUACCGGUGUCUUUCAAAUAUUUUCUUUCCCGUCUUUGAAGUUCUCUUGCCUUCAUCCCCCGACAGUUCAGUAGUCUCUUCUAUUUACAUGGAUGACAGCCAGAUGGAAAUUCUCGUGCAUUCAAAACCCCUUUUUGUCGAAUUCAGGAUCUGUUCUCAACCACGCAGACAUAAGUUCCCUUCUCUCAGCUUGCGGGAGAGAUGGAAAUCUUCAACUUGGUGCUACAAUCCAUGCCCGCAUCAUCAAGGAGAGACGGCCUUUUGAUUUCAGAAGCUCGAAUGGUAUCCGCAAUGCCCUAUUCAUUUGGAAUUCUCUCCUUGCUAUGUAUUCGAAAUGCGGUGAAAUAUUGGAUGCCGUUAAGCUGUUCGACCGUAUGCCUGUGAGAGAUACUGUAUCUUGGAACACAGUGAUUUCUGGGUUUUUGAGUAACAGGGAUUUUGACUCGGUAUAUAGUUUGUUUAAACAGAUGCAGCAGUCGGAGCGUGAGCGAUAUGAUAAAGCAUACUCUGCAACUGCUAUAGCUUGUGAUGGUGAGUCUUCAGGUCUAAAUGAGUGAUCAAAUAAGGUUUAGGUAUUUGUAGGUGGUUUUGAGCUGGAAAUUUCAGUGGGAAAUGCUCUAAUAACGUCGUAUUUCAAAUGUGGUUGUUUUAGUCAUGGAAGGCAGGUUUUUGAUGAAAUGCCUGAAAGGAAUGUUAUAACCUGGACGGCAGUGAUGUCAGGUUUACAAGCGUUGAAGGAAGGGCGUAAAAUUCAUGGCUUGCUCUGGAAAUUAGGAAUGCAGUCGGGUUUGCUCAUUGAAAGUGCAUUGAUGGAUUUGUAUUCAAAAUGUGGCUGUAUAGAAGCUGCGUGGAAGAUUUUUGAGUCAGCUGAAGAACUGGAUGUGGUUUCCUUGACUGUGAUACUCGUAGCUUUUGCUCAAAAUGGGUUGGAGGAAGAAGCUAUCCAGAUUUUUAUGAGAAUGGUGAAGUCAGGGAUUGAAAUUGAUCCAAACAUGAUUUCAGCUGUUCUGGGGGUAUUUAGUGUUGACACUUCUUUGGCUCUUGGCAAGCAGAUUCACUCCUUAAUCAUUAAAAGAACUUUAUUCAUAAUACUUUUGUUAGCAAUGGACUUAUAA